AUGGGGCUUAUCUUCAGUGCCCUAAAAUCACAAGAGCCAAUAAAAGACCCAUAUAGCCCUAAGGUUCAAAACCUUCUAAAACUAACCAACAUUCGUAUCAACUUCACCAAACUACACACAUUGGGUGAUGAUAUUCUCGACCCUCGUCCAGAAAUCAAGAGAAAGUACUACUAUGCCGUGUAUGAUCUUGUUAUUCGUGGAAGUUGCUCGUGUUAUGGCCAUGCCGAGCAGUGCUUACCUCUUCCUGGUCAGAAACCAAAAGCWGGAAUGGUCUAUGGGCAGUGUAACUGCACUCAUCACACCACAGGAGACAACUGUGAGCGAUGUGAAGAUGGUUAUGAAGACGUUCUUUGGCAACCAGCGUUUAGUGACAAUCCAAACGAAUGCAAAAAGUGUAAUUGUAACGGUCACGCAACAAAGUGUCACUUCGACAUGGCUGUAUACAUUGCUUCUGGUAACGUAAGCGGUGGAGUGUGUGACAACUGUACMCAUAAUACAGUUGGCCGAAACUGUGAAAGCUGUAGACCUCUSCACUAUCAGGACCCCAACAAGGACUUCUCAGAACCUGACGCCUGCAUUCCUUGUAACUGUGACUUUGAUGGCGGUGUGAGCGGCGGUGAGUGCGAGGCCAAAAAUGACCCAUCAAAGGGUCUAAUAGCCGGACGAUGCAUCUGUAAGGCGAACGUAGACGGCGUUCGAUGUGACCGAUGUAAACCUGGCUACUUCCGUCUUAGCGCAAGUAACUUCGAAGGAUGUGAAGCGUGUGGAUGUAGCKCACUAGGYACUCUACGACCGUGUAAUCCAAAUACUGGCAAGUGUACAUGCAAGCGUUACGUGCAGGGAGAAAAGUGUGAUCGAUGUUUGGAUGGCUACUGGGGGCUAAGUGACAGCCCCUCUGGUUGCCAAGAGUGUGCAUGUGACAUCGGCGGUUCCUAUGACAACCAGUGUGAGAAGAUAACCGGUCAAUGUCGAUGUCGUAAGGGGAUUAACGGUCGUAAAUGUGACCGCGUUAARCCUGGACACUAUUUUCCUCUUCCUGAUCACUUGGUGUACGAGUCAGAGGAGGCGCAGGCGAUCCAGGUAUCUGAAGUUAAGCGCCAAAAACCRCCUCCCGAUGGCAAGGCUACAUGGACCGGUGAAGGUUUCCUUGAAGYAGCGAGCGGUUCAUCUGUUGUGUACACUAUCUCUAAUGUCCCUCACACUACAGACUACCUUGUACUUCUCAGAUACGAAACAAAGGACAAUAUUGACUGGGACGCAGUGGUGACCAUCUCCCGCGAUGAUGGCCAAUCUCUGACCAGCGGUAUCUGCAGUAGAAUUGGCGARGUUGAGCAUUAUCGAAAUAAGACAAUUCGCUUGAGGCACAAUCAACGUUUCGUAUAUGUCCCGGGAAGCUUGUGUCUUGAGAAGGGUGUUACUUACGAYGUUCGAGUUAAGUUUGUGAAAACUUCGCCGUUUGGAAGCGACUCCGUUUUCACUGAUUCUGUUGUUCUUGUACCGGAUCACAGUAAAAUCAGUAUCUUCCAAGGCCCCGACGGACUGAAACGCAAGCAACAGUACGAUGUUUACCGGUGUAGAGACAAUCAUCAAAACUUGCCAAGACCAGUUUUAUCUAAAAUUUGCGAAAAGCUCGUCUUCUCGAUGUCUGCAGUUGUAUUUGAUGGAUCAUUGACCUGUCAGUGCGACCCUACUGGAACUAAAAGGGACGCAAAUGGAUCUCUUAUUUGCGACCCUGUUGGAGGCCAGUGUCAAUGUAAACCUAACGUGAUGGGCCAAAGAUGUGACCGCUGUGCACCCGGAUCGUACGGUUUUGGACCCUCAGGCUGUUCAGGUGCUAUGACUGCCAAUGUCACGGUCACGCUGACAGCUGUGACGCCGUGACGGGACAAUGUAUUGACUGUCAGCAUAAUACAGUSGGAUGGAAUUGUGACCAGUGCGCUGUAGGAUAUUAUGGUAUCGCUACAAGAGGUUCUCCCAAUGACUGCAGUCGAUGCCAAUGUCCUGGAGGAAGCAGUGGUAAUAAGUUCAGUAAAACAUGUGUCAUCGAUACCAGUACCACUCCGCCAUCUGUACUGUGUAACGCUUGUGAGAAAGGUUACGCAGGAAAGCAGUGUGACAAGUGUGCUGAUGGGUAUUAUGGAAGCCCCCUUGUUCCAGGGGGGAGCUGCAAACCAUGUGUCUGUAACAACAACAUCGAUCCCUUCGCAAAAGGCAACUGCGAUCACGUGACGGGUGAAUGUAAAAAAUGUUUGGCGAAUACCGCUGGCUUUAGCUGUGAACGAUGUGCGCCUGGUUACCAUGGCAGCGCCUUGGCUAGAAACUGCACGUGGAUGGUCAGUGCCAUUGUAAAGCAGGCUAUGGUGGACCGCGCUGUUGUGAGUGUGAAAAUGGUUAUUGGGGAUACCCGUCUGAGAGUUGUAAUCCUUGUGACUGUAAUCCCGCGGGAUCCAUCGAUCUUCAGUGUAAUCGAGACACUGGUGUCUGUCAGUGUAAAGUUGGUCACGUGGGGCCCAAAUGUGAUAUGUGCGCUGUCGACACCACAGAAAAGAUGCCCAAGUGUGAAAUCUGUGGGGAGUGCUACUAUUCAUGGAAGGGCACUUUGGCGGACCUUUCUAAAAACGUGACGUUCGUUGUAGGACAGGCGUCCAAUUUGUCUGUAUCUGGAUCAGGUGGAGGCAUCUAUGCCUACGACAAGGAACUCGCCUCUCUUGCUAAGAAACUACAGCGUGUUCGUGAAAUCCUCGACUCCCAAGUAACCGACGAAAAUUCUACGAGUAAAAUCGAAUCAGAACUYGUUAUGAUCGACAAACGAUUAAUGUAUGUCGCGAAUGUUACCGAACUUGUCACGAAGAGYGUCGAGGGUACAACGAAUAGAACAUCGGCAGCCAACAGUGAGAUUGAUCGUUUACGAAAAAUGCUCGAAGAAUUGCUCAAAAAGGGKGAUAAUUUGAAAAAAGAAAUAACAUCCAUUAGAGAGAAAGAGUUCACCGGAGCCUUUGAUAGCAUCAAAGAGAACCAGCGACGGUCAAGAGCAGCUGAAGCGMAGGUCAACGGAUCUUUAGACAACAUUGAUAAAGCAUCAAAGAAUCGAAAACACAUUGAAUCAGYCCUUGACGGGCCUCCAUCAUUCAACGACACCCACCAAAACAAUAGAAUCUCGCUCGACGAUAUWUUYCGCAGAAUCCGCAUUCUCACCAACCAGUCUGAAAUGUUAAGCGCAAUGGUUUGUGGGACACCACGGGAUAAGUGUGGAUGUAUCGAAGAGGACUGUAGUUCUUGUGGAGGUCCCGGAUGUAAUGGGACUCGAAGCCUGGCUAUGGAUGCUGUGGUUAUGGCCAUGAAAGCAGAGGAGGCUUUGCGAAUGAAAGAAGCCAAAGCCAACGCUACCCUUGAACAAGCAAGACACGCCGARAUGAAAGUCAAUAUGUCACGUGACGCUGCUAUGAUGUCAUUGGAACGUGCACAGGAAGCCCAUAAACAGGCACRAAAUGCRAGCAUGAGAAUGGACCAUCUCAUUGAGGACAUCCUAAAGUUCUUAGCCAUGCCGCUGCCAGACACAUCUAACGCAAGACAAAACGUUGAGAGAAUUUUGAACAUGUCGCUAACCGUUGGACCAGAACAAAUCCAGAAGUUGGCGGAAGAUAUCAAGAAAGCCUUGAAGUCAAUCAAAGGUAUCGACGAAAUCUUAGAACAGACAAAAGGGAAUCUUAGCAGAGCUGACGAUCUUAAAUCAAGGGCUGAGAAAGCAAGAGACAAAGCACUCGGUGUACAGAAUAUCAUAAAGAACGUCACACAAGCCUUGAAUAUGACCGCUACAGCGCAACAGAAAGCAACUGCCGCCAUUAACGAAGCUAACGCCGACACUGAUAAAGCUGAAGAAAUUGUUAAAAAGCUUUUCCCGUCCAUUGACGAACUAGAAAAGAAGGUAGGCGAAGCUGAAAAYUCGACCAAGCAAACUAAAGAAGACCUUGUCCCGAUWAAWGCUGAAUUCGACGAGAAUGCUAAGAAUCUAGCGAUGGCAGAGGACACUACUAGAGCGGCUCACAACGAGUCCAACCAAGCUCUAUAUGAAGCAGAACGACUGAAAAAGCUWUUUGAACAAGCAAGAGGCAAAAUAGAGGGCAAAGUUGGUGARGUCAGGAACGCAACUGAAAGAGUGAAGAUUUUUAAGAGAAAAGCUGGUCGAUUGAGAGAUAACCUAGUUAACAAGAUCAUUCGAAUGAACGAAAUAGAAAAGGAAGUUGUUGAGUACGAUGAUUUGAUCGACAAACUCAGAAAACUUCGUGAUCGGAUGAAAAGAAUGAGAGCCCGACUACAGAGAAAGGUGGAUUAUAUCAAUGGCUGCAAUCCCGCUACAGACCCUCUUGCUCCAGAGUAACUCGUUAACUUUAACUCGUUUAACAAGCAUUCUUCAACUCCAUGGCUACAAGCUACAAGAACUCUAUGUUUUUCACUGUCUUAGGAGUUAGGAAUUUCUUAGAAAACUGCGGAUGUUCUAUCUUGAUGGCCAGUCUAACGCACUUAAAGAAAAGUUCUUUUUAUAUAGAAUGAAUAUCCGAAUAUCGGCGAAAAAAGUCGAAACCUGGURAAAUUCUGUCGAGAUUCUUGCUGCAAAGUUUCCGUAUCAAUUUAUGUUAUAUGGCAUAUGACACAUUUUGGACAUUAUCACUGCUUUUUCAGUGAAUAGAGCCUCGCAAAUAUUUCUUGUGAAUGUUUUGUUUUGUUUUCUGUCUGUUUGUAAACUGUUAGAUUUUGAUGUUGCUUUGACAACCAAUGACGUCAUUUUUGAAAGAAAACAAUUUCAAAUUUGAUUGACCAGUAAAAAAGGUUCGUGCUGUUAGAGUUUAAUGUAAACAUUUCUUUUYAGACCUACUAUUGAAUAUAGAUUUUUAUUAGCAAAUUAAUAAUAGAGUUUUUUCGCAUCAAAUCCGUGAACAUCAACUAGAGUUAAAUAUUGCAAUGUGCUGGGUCGUUUAGUUCUUAACAGUGUUUUUUCACACUGUGAAUAACGUAGUUUAUAUAUUAUGCAUGUUUUAAUCAAAGUCCGAAGGAAUCACCUUUUACUUUAGCUUUCACGGAUUUAGCGCAAAAAACUCUACAAAUUAUGAACAGCGAUGAGCUUGUUAUAAAUGAAUUAUAUUAAUUACAUGGAUUAUACAUAUAUUAUUAUAUCAAUGUUAUAUAUGUUUAUAUAAGGGGUUGAUGUGUGUUCCAGUUCAGUCCUAGCUUAUAUAUUAGAAUUUAGAAUUUAUAAGCUUGUUGGUGACGUCAUGGCUGGGAGUCCUGGAAAUAGAUUGUAUCUUUGUAGUCACAUUUUCAGCUAGCUAGUCUUUACAUAUAUAGAAUAAUAAACUGUUUUUAAUGUGAAAAAUGA